UAACAUUUAAAACAUUAAUUUUUAAAUAUGAAAUUUUAUACUAUCUCUUUUUCCCUCCAAGGUUCGUAUUAGCGGAAAUAUGCUAUUUGAUAGCGAAUGUGCAGGGCCAAUCAUUCAACCCUGUGCCACUGAGUCAGAGAAGACGGCAAACCCCUGCAGUGGUGAUGCCCAGAAACUUUUCUCCACGUUCAGUACAAGAAGCAUUUGCCAGAGCUCAAGAAAUCAUUAGUGGCAGGAGAAGUACUAUAAUGGGUAGAAGACGCACAGUAGAUCCCAGAAGAAAUGCACCAUCAGCCAUUCAUCAACAUUUUCUAGCCAUUGGUGCUCGUUCUCUAAGACUCGAAAAUACGCAGGAACGUUUUGAAGAAGCAACUAGAGUCCUUUUAACAGAAUUCAAUUUGACACCGGAGCAGAUCAUGUUUGGUCUUGCCGAAACAGACUUGAGAACUAUGCUGCAAGGAAACGAAGUGCAAACUUGCGAAUCCCAAUUCAAUUUUACCUGCAGACGAAAUGACAGAUACAGGACAUACGACGGAUCGUGUAACAAUCUCAGACACCCAUCAUGGGGUAUGGCUGCGUCUUGUUUUGAACGACUCGUCGAUCCAGACUACUCAGAUGGUACAGCUGCAAAACGACAAGCACGAUCAGGACGCCCUUUGCCUUCUCCCAGGACACUCUCUUUAGAACUUCAUGCCCAUUUGGACAAUCCAACCGAUUACGUAACACACAUGUUCAUGGCAUGGGGACAGUUUCUGGAUCAUGACAUAUCCUUGUCUCCUUUGAGUAGAGGGCCGGAUAAUGAACUCCUCGAAUGUUGUCCAGUAAACGAAGGAGAUAGUGAAAACCUUCCUCAGUGCGAUCCUAUCAUCAUCCCAGCAGAUGAUCCUUUCUAUAGUUCUUUUCAAGUAGAUUGUCUCAACAAUGUCCGUUCUGCAAUGUGUUCAACAUGUUCUUUAGGUCCUCGUCAACAGAUUAAUCAAUUGUCCGCUUACAUUGACGCAUCUCAUAUCUAUGCAUUAAGUCAGAACGAAUCACGUGCUUUGAGGAAUUUAGACGGCACAGGAACUAUGAGAUUUGUAACUGUUAGAGAGGCUGGAGAAUUACCUCCUCCAAGUUCCAUUCCAAAUGAGGAUCAGUGCAGUUUUCAAGAAGAGAACUUAGAUUGUUUUGAAACAGGUGACCAGAGAGCCAAUCAGCAUCCUGCACUCACGUCACUCCACAUUUUGUUUUUAAGAGAACACAAUAGAAUUGCCAGACGACUGAGGGAAAUCAACAGGAGCUGGGAUGAUGAAAGACUUUAUCAGGAAGCAAGGAGAAUCAUUGGUGCCAUUAUUCAGAAGAUAACUUACGGCGAGUAUUUACCACUAGUCGUUGGCCCAGAACGUAUGGAAUGGUUCGACUUGUCACUGAGGCGUUCUGGUUUCACAGAGUAUGAUGAAACCACUCAGGCGACUUUGGUAAAUGAGUUUUCAACAGCAGCAUUCAGGUUCGGACAUUCUAUGAUCAACAGUUUCUUUCCGGAAAUAUCGAGUGGGUCGAAUUCAGGGAACAGAUUGAGAACAAUAUUCCAGUAUCCAUUUGGACUUUACAGAGGACAACUUGAAGGCAUUGUGAAUGGCUUAGCUCAGUCUCCAUCGCAAAAAUUUGAUAGAUAUAUGGUUCGAGAUGUGACUAAUCAUCUGUACCAAAACCGUAAUAGUACAAACGGCUUGGAUCUCGCUUCUUUAAAUAUCAACAGGGGUCGUGAUCAUGGGAUACCUGGAUACACCACUUUGGUCGAAUUCUGCGGAGGACCCCAAAUCACUUCGUGGAGACAGUUAGACCGAUUAUUCCAAAGAGGUGUUCGCCCAUUGUUUGAAAGACUGUAUGAGAGUGUAGAAGACAUAGACUUAUUUUCUGGCGGUCUCGCUGAAAGGCCUAAUCAAGGAGCCGUCAUUGGACCUACCUUUACUUGCAUCAUAGGUAUUCAAUUUUAUCACCUGAAAUAUGGAGAUCGUUUCUAUUUUGAGCAUGGUGGACAAGCCGGCUCCUUUACUCGAGCUCAACUGAGAGAGAUCAAGAAGGUAACCUUGGGAAAGCUGAUUUGCCAAAAUUCCAGAAUUGAUGAAAUACAGCCCAAUGUCAUGCUUUUUCCAAGCAACAGAAAUAGAGUCGAGGAAUGUGAUCAGCUACCAGAGAUGGAUCUGACAGCCUGGAGAGAAUAGCCAAGUUCCAAUUCACCUAAUGUACAUUUAGAAAUUAUCAAAUGAAUGGAUGUAAAAGUUCUUCUGAUUCGGAAGGAAUAUUAGAGAAGACGUAUAAAACAUGGGCACAACUGCAAGGAACUUAAUCACAAGGUACAAGUGUGAAGUACAGAAGAAUAUUCCGAAAUCAUCAUGAAAACAGAACAUCUCGAAAUCAUGUUCAUCACUAAAAAUAUCCAGAAAAAUUAAAUGUUGUUAUAAGUACCAUU